CCUGAGAAAGCUUCAUUGCGUUACCAGACGUUCAACGGUUACCUCCCUUGCGGGUUUUUGCGCGAGGCGUAUACCGUACACGAGAGACUGCAUUUAACCGUCGCUGGCCGUGCCUCUUUUAACCACGACACGCCACGCACCUUACGUUUCGUUUCCGAAAAGACACACGAGAAUAAAUAAAAUGGACACGAAUCAAACACUUCUGUCACCACCGGCCUCACCCCAAUUUAAACACGUCGAGCCUCUGCAAUCGUCGUUCAGUGUCGCGGCACUCCUUGCGGAUAAGUUCUCGCAGGAAGCAAGGAACACCGAGAUAAGCGCGAAAAAAGCAGACGAUGGAGGUGUACGGCCGGGUUUGCCACCGACACCUCAGCCAUCGGACUCGGAGGAGGACGAGCCUCUUCGAAAACGACGAUGCACGGAGCAAUGUGAAUUGGCGAAGCUGCUGCUCGACGGAACACCACCACCGAGUCCAGAACCCGCUCGAGUGUCGGUCAUAAUGCGUGCCAACCGAGACGGUACAUACAGUCCUGCCAACUUAACGUCAAAGGCAACCACGGUGUGCGCGCAACCGGUCCCACACGAGGCAUCAGUUUCAAGCCCGCAGUUGGUGCCAAUCGUACGCCAGAGCGCCGCGGAACCGGAGAAUGUUCUGAAGAGUCUCAAGUUCAAAAUGAGCCUGCGAAAGGAGGAGAUCAUUGUGAAUAGCAAGAACACGGACCGAGAGAUCAGUCAGCCGAAAUUACAUCCGUUGGCACCGAAACCUGCGCCGAUCAUGGUGACCGGACUUCUGGGAUCUCCCUUGGUACUGCCGCGAGCACCCCUUUUACUAGUUACCGCGCCAACAGCUACCACAACGACAAGUGUCACCACAGCGGAAUCGACCGCCCGACGUCGUGUCUACGAAUGCGAGCAUCCAGGUUGCGGCAAGAAUUAUUUCAAAUCGUCCCAUUUGAAAGCGCAUACGCGUACCCACACCGGGGAACGACCAUUUUCAUGCCCUUACGAAGACUGCAGCCGACGGUUCUCCAGAAGCGACGAACUGUCACGGCACAAGCGUACCCACACCGGCGAGAAAAAGUUCGCCUGCACGGUAUGUCAGCGAAGAUUCAUGAGGAGCGAUCAUUUAGCGAAACACGUGAAACGACACGCCAGAGACAGAUCGUCGUCGGUGGGAUCCAACGGUGUACAAACAUCUAUCGGACAGAUGACGUCCGGGCCGUUGCGGGUCAGCUUACUUCCUGUUCUAGCGCCACGUCUAGCGCAGUCAGCUCAACAAAUCAUACCGCCGCAAUUGGCGGCAUAAAACACAUAUACACGAUUACCAGUGGCAUGGAGUCACUGAAGCAUGCUUUACCAGUACCAAAAAGCUGUGAGCCGAGCUUUAAUUACCGCAGGAUUGAGAACCAUUCCAAGAGUCCGUCGGAAUAUGAACGAGAUCGUUACGUCUUUCGAUGGAUGAAUCGGAGGGUGAAUUUUUACGAUGUACGUCCCGCGUAAUGGUGUUCAAUUACAGGAACGUCUUUAGCAGGGUUUUCUUCGUGAGUUCUUGAUCGAAAUGUCAGGAUAAUCGACGGAAAGAGGUACCGUCUACUUCGAUAUAUUAUGAAGUACGAGGAACAAUGCGCUCCCGCUUGCCUCCUUUAACGUGUAUAAUCCGUGAUCGCGUCGAACUAGUGAAUACGAGGCGGACUUAUGAGAAUGAGACCGGGGCGCGGUCGGGCACGGGGAGCGGUGAUAAGUCAUAAAAAAAAAAACGAGGCUUCUUUGCCGUCCGUGAACCAAUGUACCUAAGUGUGUCUGUGAUCUGUGAUGCGUAAGCGCGCGUUGACCGAGAAAGUGUAUUUAUUUAAGAAUUCAAAGACACUCUUUAUGAAUUAUGUACAUAUAACAGCUAUGCAAAAGCUAAAAAACGCUGAAGUUACGCUGUUUUCAUUAUUGUCGACUAGUUGUAUAUGUUAAUUGCGAACCAUAUGUAUGUAUAUAUCUUGCCCGAUCAAGGAAAUCCUUCCGGGCGACGCAAGACUUCUUACUGUAAAGAUAACAUUUAAUGAUUUUUCUACAAAAUCAGAGAUUAAUAAAAUCACUUCUAUACUUUCGUAAAAAA